AUGGCUACUGUAACUUCUCAAGCGCAGCCGACUCACUCGCACACCAGUGUCGCUUCUGAUCAUAUCGACAAGGAACCCAGACUCACGCACGCUCAAACCAAUAUCACCAUUAGUCCAGAACUGUUCGAAAAGCUGUACUUGGCGCCCAAGGUACCUCAUGCCAAUGAACGCGUCACCCAGUACGCGAAUGCUGUUCCUUUAGGUUUCCUAGGUUUCGUAAUCUCCACCUUCUCCUUCGCCAUGGUUCUCAUGGGCUGGGGCGGUGCAAGUGGUCUGCAGUCCAUCGCUGGCAUCUUCUUCUUCACUGGCCCUGUUCUGCUCACACUAUCUUGCAUCUUUCUCUGGAUUCAAGCCCAAUUCUUUCCCAUGAUGGUCACUGGAUUGUUCUCGGUUUUCUGGCUAUCAUUUGGACUACUGCAACUCCCUUCGGCUGGCAUCGCUGCUUCUUACUCAGCUACCGGAAACGCAGCAGAGGGUGCAGCGAGCAAAGAGUUGAAUGCUGGCCUUGCGCUUUUUUGUAUUGUCUGGGGCUUUGCUAUGGCGACUUUCGGAAUCUUCACGAUUAGGAUGAAUCUGGUCUUUGUAGGAAUCUUUUGGUUGGCAGCGACAGCCACCUGGGUACUGAGUGCAGCAUACUGGGAGGUCAGCAAAGCAAACUUUGGUAAGGCAAUGAAGUUGCAGAAGGCUGGUGGCGCUCUAAACUUCGUAGUGGCGGUAUUGGGGUGGUAUAUGCUCAUCGUAAUCAUGAUGGCUGAAAUGCGCUGGACCGUCAAUCUACCAGUGGGAGAUCUCACGCAUUACUGGCACAAAACCGAUAUCGAGAUUGCUGCAAUGGAAAAUGAGAAGAAAGACUAG